GGUCUUCUAGCUCCCCUAGGCGACCCCGUGGGCAACGCCCUCAACAAAGGCCUUUCCCCUGUCGGCACAGCAAUCGGAGGUAUUACAAAUGGAGGAUACACCAAAAGCAAAGAAAUGGAUAAAGCUGCUGAGGAGCAGCAGAGUAUAGGUGGUAAGGAACAGAAUGGACAGAAUCCUUUGGGACUGUAA